UCAAACAAACAUGGCGACCUUGUGCUGACGGCUCUGUUUCCUCGCUGCAGUGUCUCUCUGAUGGCGGGUUUUGUGAUGGACUGGUGGCCGGUCGUGUGUGUGACCGUCCUGGUCGUGCUGCUGUCGCUGCGGUUGCGGCGCCGGGACGCGGACACGCGGCGGCGGGUGUGCGUGCUGGUGCUGGGGGACGUGGGGCGCAGUCCCCGCAUGCAGUAUCACUCCCUGUCCCUCAGCAAACACGGAUACCUGGUCACCUUUGUGGGCUUUUUAGACAGCAAACCUCAUCAAGGCGUGCUGAAUGAGGAGAAAAUCCGGAUCGUCCCCAUCUCCGAAGUUAUGGGCGUCCGAGCGGGACCCAAAAUGCUCACGUACGUGACGAAGGUGAUCCUUCAGUCGCUGCAGCUUCUGUCCGUGCUGCUGACGAUGGAGCGGCAGUCUCACAUCCUGAUGCAGAAUCCUCCUGGGCUGCCCGGCGUGGCAGUGGCGUGGCUCGUGUGCGUCCUGCGUGGCAGCAGGUUCAUCAUCGACUGGCACAACUACGGCUACACCAUCAUGGCGCUGAGCCACGGGGCGACGCAUCCCAUCGUCCGCCUGGCGAAGUGGUACGAGCGCUUCUUCGGCCCUCUGGCUGCCCAUCACCUGUGUGUCACUGAUGCCAUGAAGGCCGACUUGCAGGAAAACUGGGGCAUCAAGGCGACGACCUUGUACGACCGACCCGCCUCCAUCUUCAGAGAGACUCCCCUGAAGCUGCAACACCAGCUGUUCAGCAGGCUGGCCCGCGCUCAUCCACAGUUCAAGGACUCAGGGUCUGACUGUUUGGGAGAGGAGGUGGAGAGGACCGUCUUCACUGUUCGUGACGCGACUGACGGCGCCGUGACCCUGAGGUCGAAGCGCCCGGCGCUGCUGCUCAGCAGCACCAGCUGGACAGAGGAUGAGGAUUUCUCCAUCCUGCUGAAAGCUCUUGAAGAGUAUGAAGGUUUCAUCCAAGGAGGAGUUUUGUUGCCGUCUUUAGUCUGUGUGAUCACAGGUAAAGGCCCUCAGAAGGAGCACUACAGGAAGAUGAUUGCCUGUCUGCAUCUGGAGCACGUGCAGAUCUGCACCCCUUGGCUGGAGGCUGAGGACUAUCCACUCUUGUUGGGUUCAGCAGAUCUCGGUGUUUGUCUGCACAAGUCGUCCAGUGGUCUGGAUCUGCCCAUGAAGGUGGUGGACAUGUUCGGCUGCUGCCUUCCCGUCUGUGCCGUCAACUUCGACUGUCUGCACGAGCUGGUGAAGCAUGAGGAGAACGGACUGAUCUUCAGAGACUCCUCGGAGCUCGCCGGGCAGCUGAAGUCUCUCCUCUCAGACUUUCCCAGCUCAGAUGGCAAACUGGUAGCAUUUAGGAUGAAUCUCCGUACCAGCAGGGGGCAGCGAUGGGACGACAACUGGGACCAGAACGUGCUGCCCCUCAUCACAGCGCAGGGAUGAACCAAAGAUGUGAAGAUUGGAUAUUAGGAAACAUUUGUGGUCACCUAGAA